UCGCCGCCAUGUUAUUUUGCUAACUUCAUUCCGGUGUGCACUCAAAACAAAUAUAUUUUGAUCGUACGUCCCACAUUGUUGUUUAUCUGCAAUAAUUAUAUACAGUAGCGAUACUAGACAUUCUUGUUGGAGUCCAACGAUAUCACAUUGUGAACUUCGACGACAGAUUGCAAGUUUAAUAGAAAUUGAGUAAUCCGAUCCGCCGCGAUGGAAGUCGAGCGAAAUGCUUCUGACUCUGAAAACGUGGCGGCCGAUGAAAAGCCGGUCGGUGACGAGGGCGCCGGCGACGCCACUACAUCGCACAGCGAUAAGUUACGUCGCAAGAAUAAAAAAUACGCACGCUCGAAUAGCAAAGAGGGUGUUACUGUGGUUGCUCCAUUGCCCAAAUACCGCAGUUGGAAGAAUAGCCGCCGGCCGCGCUAACGAGCACGGCAGAGGGCUGCCCAAGAAAGGCGGCGCCGGCGGCAAGGGCGUGUGGGGUGCGCCCGGCUCGGAGCUGCUGGAAGAGUACGUGGAGGACGCGAAUGACCCCAACUACGACUCCGAGGCGGUCACCAAUGGCGACGUGGAGUUCAAGCAGGUGAUCGUCGAGGCGGACCCUGAAGAGGUCGUGCGCAAGUCGGAGCCUGUGAUCCUGGAGUACCUGGAGCAUGGAGACACUCACGCGGCGGCCGAGGACUUCCUCGAGUUCGUCACCGCCAAACGGAGCCAUCUAGUGUGCGAGACGAUAGUGGAGAUCGCGCUGGACCACAAGCCGUCGCACUGCGAGAUGGCUUCGGUCCUGAUAUCAGACCUGUACGGCAGGGUGUUCUCCGCCAAGGAUAUCGGCCUAGCGUUCUCGCGGCUGCUGGAGAAGCUGCCGGACCUGGUGCUGGACACGCCGGACGCGGCCGUGCUGCUCUCCAACUUCAUCGCGCGCUGCGUCGCCGACGACUGCCUGCCGCCCAAGUUCGUGCAGACGCAGGCGCAGGCGGACCUCAACGCGCAUGCCAGACAGGCGAUACACAGGGCGGAGACGCUGUUGUCGAUGAAGCAGGGCCUGGUGCGGCUCGACAACAUCUGGGGCGUGGGCGGCGGCAUCCGGCCCGUCAAGUCGCUCAUCCGCCAGAUACAGCUGCUGCUCAAGGAGUACCUCACGUCGGGCGAGCUGGCCGAGGCCAUGCGCUGCGUCAGGGACCUGGAGGUGCCGCACUUCCACCACGAGCUUGUGUAUGAGACGGUGGUGCUGGCGCUGGAGACGGUCAACUCCUCGGUGGAGGAGCAGCUGUGCACGUUCCUCGCGGAGCUGCGCCGCUGCGUCAUCGUCACCCCCGACCAGAUGGACAGGGGGUUCCUGCGGGUGCUGGAGGACAUGAGCGACAUCGUGCUGGACGUGCCGCUGGCGUACAUCAUGCUCGACCGGUUCAUGGAGCGCUGCCAGGCCAAGUUCCGGCUCGGGGACGCCGUGCUCAAGCGCAUGCCCACCAGAGGCCGCAAGCGGUUCGUGUCGGAAGGCGACGGCGGCAUCAUCAAGGACCACGCGCUCAAACUGCGCGAGUAAAACUCACCGCCCGACACAACACUCCACCGCUACGGAUAUUAUUAACUUGCGGACAAUAUGACGCAAAAUUUUAUAUGUUGGAAGGCACAAGGAUUUUUGUAUCACCCUAUCUCUCACAUUUUCACCUACCGUGUCUGAUUGGUGGUAUUACUUCUUAAUUAUCUCGUCGCUUUGAAACGUAAGGUCAGCUAAAUAAGUAGUUGAACAAAUUCAAAAUUUUGGAACACUACGCAAUAAAUCCAAUCGAAAUAUUCUUUUUUCUUUAUCUAAAAUAAAGUAAACCAUUUGAAGUUUAUUUUAGUAAAGAAAAACGAUUGUUGAUAUGCAAAUAAGUUUAAAAGCGAUUUUGAAUUCGUUCUACUUUGUAGCUGAGUGUACAACCAAUAUAAACACCGUGAAACUGGGAAUAGAUAUUGCUCGCAAGUUGAGUCCACGUGCAUCAGGGCCGUAGUUAGGGUCGGUAUGGGGCCCGUUCCCCCCAAUUUUAUUAAUUUGAUAUAUUAUUAGAUACCUAAAGGGUUAUGUAUAAAUUUCGCCCCUAAUGACCCUAUCUACGGUGCUGUGUCAACUGAUACAAAACUAUGAACUGACUAUUGUCGAAAAAUUCUCUACUGUUUCUGUGUAAAAUGUAUUCUUUAAUUACAUUUUAUCAUAAUUCAGCGUUAAAUUUCGCUAAAAUCGGUGAUUAUUUUGUAAUUUUGGAGAAUCAAGUCGUGUAAAAUUGUUUGGUUUAAUAAGUCUGGGCGUGGAUUUCAAUAACAUCUAUGCAGUAGAAACUUUAAAAUAUCGCCUCAAGUUUUUAUAUCCUAAAAAAACGGAAAAAUGCUCAAUGAUCAAUACAAGCGUGUGAACGUCAAUUAAUACAAAAGUCCAACUCUAUUGACGCGUAUUGACUUCAAACCGUACAGGGGAUGGAAACGGAUAGAGACGUCCGUCAUCGAUCGGGCGACGUUAUGAGACGUCACUGCGGGCUUGCUAAACCCAAACUUUAAACAAGCCGGGAUUAUUCUCAUUUCAAAUAAAACCUGUGUUUUAUCGGCCAUAGACACUACGCCCGGUCAAUAUUAAAAAAAAAUAUAUAUUUAGUAAUAUAUGAACUGAGUACAUGAUUUUUUCGUGCGUUUUUUAAUAGUGUUACGUCACGUGAUCUUUAAGAUUUUUUUUAUUUUGUUUUAUUCUAAGAGCUGAAUGUGGGCUGGAGGUUUUUGGAGGAUCGCGACAAUGGUUUCAAUAGUAACGGACAACCAAACACGUUGAGAAAUAUAUCUAUUAUAAUGAAUCUUAUUAAAUAUACAAUGCAGUAGUUCUGGAAUUUUAAAAUUUUUCUUUUAAUUAAGUUUUAAUAUUUCCAUUGCUUAUUCGAAACUUUCUCCGUGUUUAAACGUUUACAUCAGAAAUUAAAGUGGAGCACAAUAUUAUAUUUUUAAAAAUCUUGUGAAACAAUUACUUUUUUUUGUACACAAGCUAAAACCGAGUCGAACUUGGAUUACAUUUCAGACUUUAUAUAUGUUUGCGAUCUCUGAAAACCCCUGCCAAGUGCAAAUGAGGCAAGCGGACUUUAUUAAUAGGAACAGCGGCUCGCGAGGGUGAAAAACAUAAAUCAAAUAACAUCCAACGCCUAUAUACGUCGCACUGACUCCGAAAAAUACCGUACGACUAGACAGUAAGAACUUAAUGCUGGCUAUAAAUUAACUGAGAAAUUUAUAUACUUGUACGAUAUAAUUCAGAUUGCACCGAGAAUUCUUUAAACAUGUGUGAUGCAGAUAAUUUUUUGCUAUUUGUGUUUGACGCCUGCAUAAUAUUUAAUAAAUUUAAGAAUAUAUAUAGCACACUAUAAUUGUGUCGUGUAUUAGUAGUAUUCUAAUGAAUUAAUGUAAUCAGUCCGUAAUUUAGUAAAUCGAUCGGUGAUAUUUUGUUGUCAAACUUUACUCACGUACUGUGACGUUAUUAUACGUCAUUCAUAAAAUUUAUUAUUCAUGUAAAAUGUAUUCGUGGUUCGAAAAUUCUCUUUUGUCUUAAAGGCAAAGUUGAGUCUUAAAUUUGGGACAGUUUUCGGCCUCAAGAGUCGCAAACCCAUUACGCGUUGUGCCGUGGAUAUUAGUGCCUGAAGAAAAGCAAUCUAGUGAAGAGCGGCGUGUUACGUGAGCGGAGCGAGUGUCGGCCGAGUGAGUGGAGCGAGCGGUACUUUGAGAUAUUUUUGAUUUAAGCCUGUUCAAGUGUGUGUCCACACGGUCAAUGAUAAACUUGAAUUUUGGAAAUACUGUCAAUCUUAGACGAAUUUGUGCUCCCUUGACAUCCCUUAUGCUGUUGGUUCAGUAACCGUUUUUACACGUGCGGUGUUUGCGCUUUUAUAGCGUAGUUUUUUGCGCCUCCUGACAAACGCGUGACACUGGCGUGUAAAAAUGUUAAGCCGUAUGUCAACCAUGCCUACAUUUGAACAAAAUUGUUUAUCAUUCGCCGUGUGGAAAUUAAAAUAAUGAUCACGAACGAUAGUCAAAGUUAUACUGACAGUGAAAAAUUGUCCAAAUUAAUUUUACCUUUAUAUCAACGCGAGUUGUUUUCGCUGAAUGUGUAAAGAAAAUUUUGGUAAUGUGCGGUGGUCAAAUGUUUGUAAGCCAUCUUUUGGGGGCAAUAUAGAAAAGUGCAAAUUUCUUUCCGUAUUAAUUUUGAUUAACGUUCCAUAAUUGUAAGUUUUCGUACCGAUCAUCGCCAAUCCAAGUGUCGCGCGUGGAUUCGUACAAAUUAAAUUUUAACUGUGCAUUUAUUAUCUGCAUUUAUAGACCAACAAUGAAAUAUGUAUUAGAGAAUAGAUUUUCUGUAAAUCAAAACUGGGUUUGGAAGCUACGCCAAGCCAGGGAAGACAAUUGUCUAAUGAAGUAUGCUGUGCCGUACUUAUUGAACAAUUUUCACAGCUCGGAAUCCUUUACUUUAAAUAAAUAAUACAUUAUAUAACAAUUGUAGCUCUGUAAGGAUCUUACUGGACAACAUAAUUUGCUGUACAACUUCUUUUUGUCUAUGACUUGUACAGAAGAAUUAAAAACUGCAGCAACUACGUCAAAAUAGUCUAAAUUGAUGUUAACUACAAGCGCGAACUUGCACUUGAAUUGGCGAAGUCUAUGCACGUUGGUAAAGAUUAAACUAGCAACCAACACAUUGUCUGAACAACACAAGUUCUCAUGUGUUUCAGUUGUGUUCAAUCUUUACCAGAUAUAUUCGCCAUUGCAAAUGUUAAGCAUUAAAUAAGUUUUUUUGUAGGUUAAGUAUUUUUUUUUGUCGCGUAGGCUAUUUCGCAAAGGUUGUCAACGCUGUGUAAAUAUGAUUCUUUGAGGCAGAAAUAUAUUAGAUGCGUUUAAUUUU